AUGCGAGGAUGUGCUGGCGGCGACGAUGCAGCUGGAGGCGUGAAGUUGGCGAGCAAGUCCCUUUUUGAGGCGCACGAUGACGACUUGCCGGAUCGGGCGCAAACGCCUAAACUCCGAGUUUCGCGCGCUUCACAAACUUACAACAUCAACGACAACAUCAACAUCAACGCCAACGCCAACGCCAACGACAACGACAACGACAGCCCUCCCAACGGCCAACUACGAGCCGGCAGCAACAUCCAUAGCAACAGGAGCCCCUCGCUCAAACACACUCGAAACUACGCCGUUUGCUUUUUCUAUUUAAAGGUCUACUAG